CAAAGUUUCAGUUAGAUGUGUGUCGAUGUAUUCCAUUUGCUUGAUUACAGUAUCAUAUUUAAAUUUGGAUUUCACAAUUUUUAACGUAAGAGUAUAAUAUUUUACAAAUUGCCGCAAUAGGAUUUGACAAGAGUGACGUGUAUGUCAUCGGAAGGAAAAUGUUGUGCUUGCGUAGAUUUUCUAUGAACGACGCACGUUUGUCAUCAAAUAAAGGGCACUGCCAUAGUAUGUGGUCAACAUUUUGAUGUUCGGAACCGCAUUGACAAAAAGGGUUAACUGUUAAACCUAUGCGGAAAAGGGAGGCAGCUAGACUGUGGUGGUCUGAUCUACACCUAUAUAUGAUGACGAUUACUUCGAAUAUAAAUCAGUGUGUUCGUCUUACCCUACACAUAAAAUUCAUAGAUAUGUUUGCUGUUAUUCAGCAAAGUACUCUGAAUUCGAAUUAUAAUCGUCAAACACGAUGGCAAAUAGCCCUGAUUCAUUCAAUCUCGACUUUUAUGCGACGGGCUAAAUAACAACCGGCUGCCUGGCUGAUAACACCAGUCGUGCUGCUGGUUCCAAACUGAUUCCAAAUUGCACCGUGCAAACUCGUGAGAAAUAUGUUAAGAAGUUACCAAGUUCUCUUUAUUCUGACGGCAACUUUAUUAUUCUUGCAUUGCAGUAAUGCAGAUAUCAGGAAGGACUGCCGCAGGGAGUCGAAGGUUUCAUGGGGUAAAGGAUAUCUAAUUAAUAGUCGAGAGAUCGGUAACAUAUUGACCUUUCUGACUUUCACAGCCGCUUUAAAAAGGAUGAGGUCCGGGGACUUCGAACAGGACGAUCGAAAACUGAAGUGCUACGUAAUGUGCUUCCUGAAAAGGAGCGGAAUCUUAAACAGCAAGGCCGACGUGGAUUUGCAAAGGGCGUUACGUUACAUACCGCGAAGCAUGCACGAAUCGUCGAAGAAGUUAUUCAACACGUGCAAAGUUCCCCAAAUGGAGCCUUGCGACAGGGCUUUUGAAAUGGUCAAAUGUUACGUGAUGCACAAACCAGAGAUUUUGACCAAAGUCCCGUUCCUCUAGUUCUCAUACAGAAAAACGUUACGACGCUAUAUCGUGCCAAAUUCGUGCAAUCUUUAU